AAAACUGGUGAAAAUGGCAGUGGCGUCAGCAUCCUUUUCACAGUACAGAAGAGCUGCUCAGAAUGGCAGACGCAUAACACCCACCAAGAAUGGUGUUGUACAAGAGACAAUCACUCAGAUCCAGGCCCCAAAUCUCCACCAACUCACAGAGCUGCCAAAAGCCGAAUGGCUCCAGCUUCAAGACAGCUUGAACCAUGUAAACAAACACAGUGAGAGCAUCAUGGACUUAUCAAAGGAACAGGAAAUUCUGCAGCACCAUUCCAAAGAAGUGGCGAAAUCAUGGUCCAACACAAUUGCUGGGCAAAGACAAAAGAAGCUGGAAGCAAAACAGAUCAGAGAAGAGAACAGGGAGAAGGAAAGGAAACAGGCUGAUGUAGAGCACAUUAGAUACCAGCAACAAAAGAGGAAAGAGGCUAUUGAAAAGGCCAAAACCAAACUCUUGUACCAGACGGAUCGUGUUAGAGGGUUUCAUAGUGCACUGCUGCUGUCUGAAGUGUUGAAUGAAUGGGAGGCCCAGCUGGAGUUGAAACAGAAGAUGCUGAAUGCCUCCAGAAAUGUGGAAAGAGAUGUCAUAGCUGCACUCAGGAAGAAGGAGGAGGAGGCCAUGCAACGGGAAGAGCACAGAGCAAAGCAAAGAAGGCUGAAAAAUAAAGCCACAGCUGAAGACCUGAAGCAACAGAUGAAAGAGCACAAGUACAAGAGAAACCAGGAGAGGCUCCGCAUCAAGAAGGAGGCGGAGGAGCUCCUACAACUUCAAGAGCUGUAUAACAGGGAGAACAACAGACUUGAGCAGGAGGAGAAAGAGCAGAAACAGCGCAUCAUGAAUGCUUACAAGGAGCAUAUGGCCACAAGGGAUCUUCUGAAAGCACUGGAUGCACAGAGGGAGGACAUGGAAGAGGAGCGCAGGAGGAUGAUUAUCACUGCAAAAGAGAAAAUGAUGAAGCUGAGGAAGGAGAAGGAAGCAGAGAGGUUUAGAGGAGUGCAGAGGCGCAAUGAGGCACUGCUGGAGAGCGUCACAGAGCUAGAGAGGCUGAGACAGCAGGAGGUGUUCAACAAUGAGCAGGAACUCUUUUCCAAGGCUGUUGCCCAGAGAGAGGCCAGGUUGGCACAGGAGCAAAAUGAGAAAGACGAGAAGAAAAUGGCCAUGCUUGGAGCAAUUGCUUUACAUCGAGAAACCAAGCAGCAAGAAGAGGAGGAGAGGGAUAGGGACGAAAAGCAGAAGGAUCUGGAUAUACUUUAUGCAGCAAAAGAAGCUGAUAGACUCUUCUUUGAAGAGCAACUGCUAAAGGCACAAAAAAUGAAACAUGACCGUAAAACCCUACAAGAUGCCCAUAUCCAUCAAAUGGCUGAAAAACGCACCAAGAAGAGUUUUGAGAAGAAUCGAGAAAUGGGCUUUAACACAAAAAAUGCAGACCUUUUUGCUGAUGAGGAGAAAUGGUUCCAAAUCUAUGCCCAAGGAGUAAUCAACAGAGCUGCACAGGCGGGACGAAACAUCUACCCACUCCGCAAGGCUGCCAGAAUGGGCAUUGGAGGAGGUUUAGGGCCUAUCAUUGGAGGCAUGAGACCAAGCUACUUGGUUCAGCUUUGA